UUCACAUUCAUCGAUCUGACGUACGUGUACAUGGCUACCAGAUCCAGAGUAGCGAGCCCUCCUCGGCCUCCAAGGAAACGCAGGAGCUCUGACAAGGACAGACAAGACUUGAGGAAGAAAAGGAAAGAUUCAACAAACUCCUCUAGAAAACAAAAAUCCAAACAUUCCAAGUCGUCCAAGAAAGCCCCUUCGUCUGGGUUGAAAGUACGCACUGUAACUGAGCUAGCUGAACUGGUGGCGUCUGGGGCAGUGAGAGUGCCUCAGGGCCUGGAGCACUAUGUGUCUGAUCGUAGGCAGCUGUUGGACCAGGUGUUCACUAUACUUGGACCGGGGGAUGUGUCGGGAAUGCUUCCGGACGUGCUUAAGGGUCUCAAGAUGAAGCGUGUGAAGGCGCUCUGUCUGACCAAGCUCCAGUCCAUGAGCGAGCAAGAUAUCAUCUCCGUUAUCCAGACUACUGACUCCCCUCCCGAGGUUGACCUCAAUCAGACAAUAAUGCAGCUACUAGGGCAAUCCUCUUCUGCCAGUCAGACAGUGGGGACUGGUGAAGUGGAGACCGGUGAUACUACCGAGGAUACUACCGAGGCUCUAAAGAUGGACAUAGAAAUUGCCGUGAGCGAUGUCAGUGAUGAUGAACAAGGCGCUAAUAAAGACACUCCAUGUAACAAUAAAUCUGAAGAGAUCGAAGAUCCUAUGGACAGUAAUACUGUGACAACUGUUACAUCAGAAGCACCAGUAAUUUCUCCAUUGAAUAAUACCUCAGAACAAUUGCCAACCAAGCAUGCAACAGAAGAUGGUGCUAGUUCUGACAGUGAAGCCGAGGAUUUAACGGAGGACGUGAAUCAAGCAUUGGAGAUGGAACUGAGACAACGAGCUUUAGAGUCUGCUCUCAAGAAAGCAACACAUUGCGAUAAAGACAGUGCUACUGAGGGAGACAAUAGUGGACCAGAGCAGGAGAUGCAGUACCAAGAAGAAGGCACUGUAAUGAAUACUAUGCUUCAAGAAGUCGUGAGGAGUGAUGGUUCAGCUAGUGGCUACAAUACCAAGGCAGUGGGAGAUAUGGUGGAACAGAGACUCAGGGAAAAACUGCUCCAGUCAUUAGCUGCUAAGAGAUAAACAAACAAUGUGUGCAUGUAUUCCUCCAUCAUGUCACUUAAUUAUUUUGGUCUUGAUUG